CUCAAUCUUAUAAAUCCUCCGCCGCUGCUUGUAUUUUCUUUAGAGUAGGACAGAGCCCCCGACCUCCUAGGGUUUCUCUUUUCAUCUGCUUCAAUGGGAAAGGGAACAGGGAGUUUCGGUAAGAGGAGGAACAAGACUCACACUCUCUGCGUGAGGUGUGGCCGCCGCAGUUUCCAUCUCCAGAAAAGUCGUUGCGCUGCUUGUGGUUUCCCGGCUGCCCGCAAGAGGAAAUACAACUGGAGUGUGAAGGCAAUUCGAAGGAAAACUACUGGAACUGGUAGGAUGAGGUAUCUCCGACAUGUUCCUCGCAGGUUUAAGAGUGGCUUCAGAGAAGGCACCCAAGCUACCCCAAGGAAAGCAGCUGCUGCAUCAACUUAAGCAGUUGAAGGUUCAUAGUGGGCAUAAUUUGUAGUUUUAAAUUGAGUUCUACAUGUUUAAGACAGCUUUUUUCCAUGGGAAGUUGUUGUAGGAUUUCAUUAUGUUUCAUGCUUCAUUGGUUUUUAGUUCUGCUUACCAAAUAGUUACUUCAAAUUUUGAGCGACAUGGAUGAUAACUGUUGUUUGUCAAUUCAUUGUUUCCUUGUGCUUUAACGAGAAUUUAUGUCUUUUCUCCCAUGAGAUGGAUUUACUUAUGCUUA